AUGGCUGCCACGCGUAUGGCUGUGCAGUUGAGGCGGACAAUGAGUGGAACACACAAACCCAAAAAGAAUCCGAGUAGAAUUAAAGUAAACCCAGGACAAGCUAAGUCGAAUUCCAGCAUGCUAGAUGACGACCCGGACUCCAUCACCACACUUCGGACUACCAUGGAAGGAAUCGGCAAACAGAUCCAGGCUCUCCAAACUGACCUGAAAGCCGACCUACGAGCGUUUAAGGACGAGAUUACAACACAGAUGAAACGUGAGGUAUCUGAGCUGAGAGCCGACAUUGACCAAAAAUUUGCGACCGUGUCCACUGAAAUACAAGAACAAGAAAAGUCCCACCAUUGCCAGCUUUGUGGAAAAAGCUUCUUGGCGGCAGGAUCUCUCAAAGCACACCAACGUAUUCACACAGGAGAAAAACCAUACAAAUGCCAUCAGUGCGAGAAAGCCUUCUCACAGGCACAACAUCUCAGACAACACCAACGUAUUCACACAGGAGACAGGCCCUUCCAUUGCCAACUCUGUGGGAAAACCUUCUCACAUGCACAAUGUCUCAGACAACACCAACGUAUUCACACAGGAGACAGGCCCUUCCAUUGCCAACUCUGUGGGAAAAGUUUCACACGUGUAGAAAAUCUUAGAGUACAUCAACGCAUUCACACAGGAGAAAAAACAUACAAAUGCCAUCAGUGCGAGAAAGCUUUCUCACAGUCAGGAAAUCUCAGACAACACCAACUUAUUCACACAGGUGUCAAACCAUACAACUGCCAAAUCUGUGAGAAAAGUUUCUCACAGUCAGGACAUCUCAGGAAACACCAACGCAUUCACACAGGGGAGAGGCCACACUACUGUCAACUCUGUGGGAAAACGUUCUCAGACACAAGGGAUCUGAGACGACACAAACACAUUCAUACUGGAGAGAAACCAUAUAAAUGUCAAUUCUGA